GUUUUUGUUGUUGCCAAACUGACUGCUCGUUUGAUUUUCUACAAGCAAUUUGUUUUUGUUGCUGCCACUGCUGAUCCUUCACCUCGAUUCUGCAUACAAUGAGUAAAGGAACAAAACCCGUUGCUUCAUUUCCAGCGCGAGCUAAGUGGCCGAGCACCAAAAUAAAACACAAAAACAAAGAAAAAAUAAUGGGCAUGUGAGCGCCAUUGUGUAAAUAAAAAAGAGUAAGAGUAGGAAAAAUAUACACGGCCCUUGGGAAAAGGUGUUUUUAUUUUGGGCUGCCCGAGAGCCUGAGCAGAGGUCAAAGAACAUUACUUGCUAUUGGUGUUUUGUGAGCAUAUUGGGUUCAAGGGGAGGGACCAAGUUUGUCGACAACACAAUCACACACCAGAGUUGGCAGUUGCUUCUAACCAAGGUACCAAGCCAACGCGGACUUCAAAAAAAUAAGAGAACGAAUGCAGCCAUGCCUUUUUUUCUGAGCAAGCCAUGUUUUAUUUUUGCUUUUUUUGCGCAGGGAUGCGCAUCCCUCCUCCACAGUUGCUCUGCCCCCCCCUUCCCCCCGUCAGUGUGGAAAAGAACUAACAUGGUGGAAAUACGGGAAUCAAAUAUCUUGUUUAUUUCAUUUGCGCUUGCCGCUCCCAACUUGGUGACCAAUUUGGAUAGAGGGAGAAAAAAUAGGGGGGGUGUAAAAAAAUCAAGGGGGGUGUAAAAAAAAGAGCUGCAAAGGUGUCUUUUUGUUACAAGCUGCUGCUGGCCAACUCAAAGCCAAAAUGUGCCAAAAUAAAAACGAAAAAAGAGAAAAAAGAAAUCGGACAAAGAGCAAGUCAGCAACCGCAGUGGCAG